GGCAUACAAGAACUGUCACUGCCAGAACGUGCCAGAAUUCCAUUUUCGAUUAUUCCGUCACUGUGUCAAAUUCACUUCUGUCCGUGUUUAUUUGGAUAACAAUUUUGUAUAAAUUCCGAAUUUAAUGUUUAACUCCUAAUCGAUAUAACUAUAAUAUUUAACAAGUACUAAGAAUGGUAAUAGUUUAAGUAGUUCAGAUGUUCAGAGACCCGUUCGAGGAUAUCCGAUGGAGUGUAAGCCGAGCGAUAGUAAGAAAUUAUUUAAAGUUUUCGAGGCAGCUAAACGCAAACGGACCAGGAAAAAACGUGAAGGAAAUGACGACAGCAAUUACUCUCUAGCUACGGACGAAUCUAACGGUGUUUGCCAAGGGAACGGGCGUCGAGCAUCCUCUGCCAAGGCAAGCCUGCAAGGUAUCCUACCAGCUACAAACGGUGACUGCGUUCAAGACAUCACUAAAAGAGAAAGGGACAGCAGUCCAUCGAUGCCGCGAUCCCCUGCCGACCUGCACCGCUCUUCACGAUCGCCUCGCCGAAACCGGCGCAUUGCGAGAGAAGGUAUAUCCCUUGCGCUCAAAGCCGGUCUUGUAUCAACACCUAGGUCUAGUUCUCCAGCUGCUCAGGGCGGUGAAGAUGCAAUCGAUUCUAUUCCCCAGGAUCAAGACUCCUUCAUUUACGCAUUUUUAGAGGAAGCCAUAAAGAGGGACAAAAAGAAGCACCGCCACGCUCGACGGCACGAAGAAUGUCGUACAAAUCGAAAUCAAGACGCAUCUAUCACGAGAGACAGCCACAAACAUCAUCGAAGACAACGAGAUGAGCACAGGGAAUGCGAAAAGGUCACAAAAGAGGAACGCCCCCCGAUAGACCAAGCAGCCCUGUUCGAAACAUUUGCGAAGUUGUGUGCUCAGAUGAACGAGAAGACUGCACGUCAUCCUGAUGAUAAUCAAGUUCCGCGAUCACAUAGCCAUAAAUCCCUACAAUGUGAAGUAGCGUCAAGGCGAGAUUUCGAUGUAGAGCAACAACCAGUACGCCUGAGAAGUCGGGACCAUUCUAAAGACCGACACUCCCCAUCGAAAAUACGCAGUUAUGAGAACUUCCGCGAUAGGCUCCACAGCCGUGAGCAUAUUGAAGUUCACGACGAUCGAAAAGAAAAAUGUGUUUGUCGCCCUUCUUACGAAAAAGAACAAAGAUAUGCAAGCAAAAUAAACGUGAUGAGGAACCACGAUGAUGAAAGAUAUCGUGAUUAUCCUCCAGAAAGAACUGCUACUAGAAGUUGCAUUAACGGAUUUUAUAGGCCUCAUGAACCUGAUCGAAGAGCUGACAGAGAUUGUGACGACAGAAGGGACCUUCGAAAGUAUGAAGACAAAAGGCGAAUGUGCGAACAGAAAACUAGUAGAAGCUUCGAUAUGCGCAGAGAUGGAUAUGUCGAUGAUGACGCGUAUUACCGCAGGACAUCUAGAAGCGAUGGACUGAGAGAUAAAACCUUGGACGAUAGAGAUGAAAGAGAUAGAAGAUAUUACAACAGAAGUAAACACAAAUAUUAUGAUGAUAAAGAACAUCACACGAACUUUGCCAAUUCGGCAAGUAAAGAUCGCCGUUCAAAGCGGAAUCCAGAGCGUUUCGAUAGAAUGAAUGAAAGAGAUAGAAUGUCCGUAGUAUCAAGAGAUGAUGAUUAUAAAGAUAGAGAAAGGUACUCGGAAAGAGAAAGAGAUUCGGGCCUCAGUGUAGCAGAUGGGGAAACUAGUACCAUGAGUGGAAGAAGCAACUGCUUGAAAGUGGUCAAGCAAGAAAUAUCAGAGCAGCGGGAAGCGAUGGACAAGAUGAUGAAGUUGUGGAAAGAGUUGAUGCGGUGCUUCAAAGACAUUUCCCAAACUCAAGGACGAGACAAAGCCGUUAAUGAAACAGCGAACAGCGCACGAGAGUCGGCGGCGGCGCAGCUUCGCUUGUGGCGGGAGUGCAUGCGUCGGUACGAGACUGUUGCCAGAGACGUCGGCGAUACUGAUGCCAGACUUAUGGAGGAGAUAAACAAGCAGCGGUCGGAGAUGUCAGAGAUGGCGACCAUGUGGCAGGAGUGUCUGCAGCGGUACCGGGACAUGAGCAACGACUUCAACAGCCUCAAACAAAAGUUGGCGACAGCGGAAAGCCCAACGCGAGCAACGCCAGUGGCGCCUCCGCUGGUUUGCGCGGAGGGCGAAGGGCCGUCUGCUGUGCCCUACCGCUUACCGCAUCAUUAUCCACCGAUGCCUCCAAUGCCUCCUGGUUACGGCAAUGCUUCGUCUCCACUGAGGACCCGCGCAUCGGUGCCACCGGCGUGGUGGUGGGCCGGCGAGAGCGUUCAACAUCCUCGGAGACGAUCCUCACCCGACUCGCAAGUCUCCAGGGAGAGACGUCGACAUAAGGAUAGAGGUCGAGAUGACUCGAGAUACAAAGAAAAAUCAAAGUCGAAUGGGGCGCGAUCCGAACAUAGGCACAGGAAAAGAUAGCAGAAAAAAAUUUAAUAAAGAUAUCGGUUGCAACGUGUGAAUGUACCUUGAUAAAUCUUUGUGUUGACUUGUAACGAAGUCCGUUUCAAAUUUUUUAAGUUGUAAUGUGUUUGUUAACUAUUUAUUUGUACACCAUACUUUGUUUUUUAUGUUAAUUUUUGA